CUGACAGGUGUUAAGACGAAAGAGCUUGUGCUUUGGGUUUCCCUCUGCAAUAUCUAUACCGAUGAGCCGCCUACGGGGAAAGUUACGUUCAAGUCCCCAACUGGGCUGUACAGGUCUUUCCCUACUGCUGUGUUCGAGGUUGAGGAACCUGCUGCUAAGGAGGAAACUACUGCUGCGGCUGCUCCAGCGGAAGCUGUUGUAGUGAAGGACGCUUAG